UUAUUUUCCUUUUUCUUUUCAAUCUGUUUUUCUUCGUGGGUUCUCUCUGCCCCUGCCCUGUUUGAUUGGUAAAGAUUUUGAAACGCCGUGUUUUGUUUUCUCCCUUUCAAAUAAACCAGACCAAGCCUGGCGAACGACGGUCGUUGUUUCGUUCUCCAAGGGUUGAGAUAUCUGUCCCGCUUAGACUUGGUCGUAUAUGAACGCCUAGUUCUUUAGUUUCGGGGAAAGGAAUCAGAGCAAUCCAUCGGUGGGUCGCACUAGCACCACUGCCCGCGCACUUUAGCAGGACAGGCGCAGGUUAAUCAUGAUUGUCAACGUGAAGGAAUCAACAAUGGUACGGCCGGCGGAGGAGACUCCACGGCAGAGCCUGUGGAACUCCAACGUGGACUUGGUCGUACCUAGGUUCCAUACCCCUAGUGUCUACUUCUACAGGCCGACGGGUGCGUCCAACUUCUUUGACCCGCAGGUAAUGAAGGAGGCUUUGAGCAAGGCCCUGGUGCCGUUUUACCCCAUGGGCGGCCGGUUGAAGAGGGAUGAAGAUGGAAGGAUCGAGAUUGAUUGCAAUGGUGAAGGGGUGCUCUUAGUUGAGGCUGAAACUAAUUCUGUUAUUGAUGAUUUUGGUGAUUUUGCCCCCACCUUGGAGCUCAGGCAGCUCAUCCCAACUGUUGAUUAUUCCGGUGGCAUCGGUACUUACCCGCUCUUGGUUUUGCAGGUCACGUAUUUCAAAUGUGGUGGAGCUUCACUAGGUGUUGGUAUGCAACAUCAUGCGGCAGAUGGGUUUUCUGGUCUCCACUUUAUCAAUACAUGGUCUGAUAUGGCUCGUGGUCUUGACCUCACAAUUCCACCAUUCAUCGAUCGGACCCUUCUCCGUGCCCGGGACCCCCCUCAACCUGUGUUCCACCACAUUGAAUACCAACCGCCUCCUGCAAUGAACACCCCACCCCAAUCCACAGGUCCUGAAAGCACAGCAGUCUCUAUUUUCAAAUUGACCCGGGAACAGCUCAAUGCACUCAAAGCUAAGUCCAAGGAAGAUGGUAACACUGUUAAUUAUAGCUCAUACGAGAUGUUGUCGGGUCACGUGUGGAGAUCUGUCUGCAAGGCACGUGGACUUGCUGGUGAUCAAGGGACCAAAUUAUACAUUGCAACUGAUGGAAGGGCUAGGUUGCGCCCCCCACUCCCACCUGGUUACUUUGGAAAUGUGAUUUUCACUGCUACCCCAAUUGCAGUGGCAGGUGAUCUACUGUCAAAGCCAACAUGGUAUGCUGCUGGGACGAUUCAUGAUGCAUUGGCUCGGAUGGAUGAUGAUUAUCUUAGGUCAGCCCUUGAUUACCUAGAACUUCAGCCAGAUUUAUCCGCCCUCGUUCGCGGGGCACAUACUUUUAAGUGUCCCAAUCUUGGGAUUACUAGUUGGGCUAGGCUACCAAUUCAUGAUGCAGAUUUUGGAUGGGGCCGGCCCAUAUUUAUGGGCCCAGGCGGGAUUCCUUAUGAGGGGUUAUCUUUCGUAUUACCAAGUCCAACCAACGAUGGGAGCCUGUCAGUUGCCAUCUCACUGCAAGCCGAACACAUGAAACUGUUUGAGAAGCUCAUUUAUGACAUAUAAAUGAGGAACCACAUAGAAACCGUAUAGUCUGAACCUGGUCUAUUUCAUAUAUGCCAGAAAGACAGUUUUUUUAAUGAUAGGCGUGUUUCUUUCCCAAUUUUUUCAUACAUGUUAAUGUCAGAAAGGCUAGUCACAUUUCACUUGAAAUGUACCUUAAAUUCAGACUGCACUAGGCACAUGCCAUAUGCUUAUGCAUAUAAAGACCUUGGACUGAAAUUGUAUUCCUAAUUUGGUACAAUAACAGUGUUGUUGAAUAUUAUGACAAGGGUUGCCCCAAAGGGAGGUGGUACUAAUUUAACAUUUCGUAUAUUAAAGUUACUUUUGAAGGAA